CCCAACUGCAUCUCUCCCUCUGCGCCGGAUGCCGACCGAAUCCCCUCUCACGUACCCGAUCUCUCUGCGCAUCCUCACCCCGCUCUCCCAGAUCCACCGUUCCCACACUUCCCACCACUCCAACACCCCUCCCCUCCCUCGUUCCUGCCCUCUCUCUUCUACCACUUUCCUCCCCUCCUCUCCCCUUAUCCCACCUUCCCCCUCCCCUUCGUCCCUCCCCCUGCCCCUCCCAGAACCUCCUCCACACCCCUCCCUCUGCUUAUUGUAAUAAGCGGUAAAUGUCAGUGGGGACGCGUCAGAGCGGCCGGCCGUGUUGCUGCGAUGAUUAUUCCGCCGCUCUCGGGCCCCGGGCGGACACAGCUACAGUCUCCAGGUGGCGAGAUGAUGCCCAUGCUCGAAGCCAUGGAGGUGCCGAACCACGCCAAACAGCUCCUACUGCAGCUAAACCGGCAGCGGACCAAGGGUUUCCUGUGCGAUGUGAUCAUCGUGGUGCAGAACGCUCUGUUUCGGGCGCACAAGAACAUCCUGGCGGCCAGCAGCGUUUACCUGAAGUCCCUGGUGGUGCACGACAACUUGGUGAACCUGGACCCGGAGAUGGUGAGCCCCGGCACCUUCCGCACCAUCCUGGAUUACAUCUACACUGGCCGCCUCAACGACUACGAGCAGGGCAGCGAGCAGACCCUGGGCGCGAUCCUGGCGGCCGCCAGCUACCUGCAACUUCCCGACUUGGUCGCCCUCUGCAAGAAGAGACUGAAACGGAACGGCAGCUACCUGCACAUCCGCACCGGCUUCUCGUCGUACGGUAAACUGGGCCGGGGUCUGCGCGCCGCCACCCCCGUCAUUCAGUCCUGCUACUCGGUGCCUCCACGGCUCUUGGACGGCCAGCCCCUGCACACCUUGAACACGAACUCGGGCGAGCUUUACGCCCCGCCUUCUCAGGGUAACCGGCUCCAGGACCUGGCGCUGCCAGACCAGGCCACGUCGCAGCUGCUCGGCCUCGACCUGUCCAAAAGGAGCCCGCGGGACGACGUGCACUCCGGUGAGUCCAGGCAGACCAGCCCGCCGGCGGGCGGCCCCCUACUCGCCAACGGGACCCCGGGCAAAGAGCAGGCGGUGGGCGUUAUGCACGCGAUGGAGACGGACGAGAUGCUGCGGCCAGACGGCGGCGUCUUCCGGGGCGAUGUGAAGGGAACUGACGAGGUGUCGCGCUGGUUCAAGCAGGAGCCGCUGCCACCGUACGCCGACGAGUGCGACCGGGAGAAGGUGGCGAGGGGCGAAAGACAGGAGCGCAAGGGGGAUGCGGCUGGAGGUCCCGGGCCCCCUCCCCCUCCCCCGGCUCCCGCAACCGCCCGCUACCCGGGGCUGGGCUGCGACGAAGCGGAAGACGAGAAGAGCAGCAGCGAGGAGACGAGCAGCGACGAGCCGUGUGGUUCCGGGGCCGCCGAGCGCUACGCCGAGUGCGCACACCUGGCCUACGAGCCCGAGCACUUCGGCGACAACCUGUACGUGUGCAUCCCCUGCGGGAAGGGCUUCCCCAGCUCCGAGCAGCUGAACGCGCACGUGGAGAGCCACACCGAGGACGAGCUCUUCCAUAAGGAAGUGACCGAGCCCGCCGCCGCCGCCUUCGCCGACAAGCCGGGCGCCGCCCUCGGCGACCUGGUGCGGCCGUACCGCUGCUCCAGCUGCGACAAGUCAUACAAAGACCCGGCCACGCUACGCCAACACGAGAAGUCACACUGGCUGACCCGGCCCUACCCCUGCAAUAUCUGCGGCAAGAAGUUCACGCAGCGGGGCACCAUGACCCGCCAUAUGCGGAGCCACUUGGGCCUGAAGCCGUUCGCCUGCGAGGCGUGCGGGAUGCGCUUCACCCGCCAAUACCGGCUUACCGAGCACAUGCGCAUCCACUCCGGCGAGAAGCCAUACGAGUGCCAGAUCUGCGGCGGCAAGUUCGCACAGCAGCGCAACCUCAUCAGCCACAUGAAGAUGCACACGGCCGAGUGCAAGACCAAGCUGGACUUCGGCGACGGUGUCUACCCGCUGGCCAAGUUCGCCGCCGCGCACCUGGGAAUCCACCAGGACAAGGCGGCCGAAAUGCUUGGCCAGUCGGCACAUCUGACGGCCGACUCUUACCCCCCGCCCUAAGGGGCUGC